AUGCCUAUUUCCGACAGUGAACCGUUACGAGCUAAUAAAAAAUUAGAAGAAAGGAGGGCGGUCAAAAUAGAUCGGUCGGGGUGCCCUGGAAUCUGUGGCCCGCAGGCCGCGACCACUUCAACCCUGUCUUUCUCAAGUUUCCGAAACUCAUUUACCUCAAAUGUCAAUUACUUGAAAAGAAGAUUCAGCUCCGGGGACCUGCAGUCGGAGUGCGAUGAGGGUGAGGUGGACCCGUACACCGGUCGGCCGGCCACCACCAGCCAGCCUAAGCCGCAGCAUCAGAGGCCGGUCUCACAAGUCACUGGUGGCAGCAUCAGCAGUGCUUCUGGUGUGCCGGCGCCUGCACCCAACCCAGCUGGUGGCGAUCUCUCCCUUAAUUUGAAGGGAAGCUCUCGAGGCACCUCCGCUCCAUCUUCACCAGCCAAGUCUCGAGAAUCUUUGCUGCAGCGCGUGCAGUCGCUGACCGGUGCCGCAAGAGAUCAGGGCGCUAAUUUAUUAGGUAGUGUAACAUCCGUGGCUUCUGUGGGUCGAGGCUACAAUCGGGAUCGCUGCGUAACUCUUCUUGUGGUGGACGACCAGAACACCGACUGGUCUAAAUAUUUCAGGGGCCGACGGCUACCUGGCGAGUGGGACAUUCGCGUCGAACAAGCCGAGUUCAAGGAGUUAUCAGUAACAGCAAACUCCGAUGGUUCUAAUGUGUCCAUGGCUGUAUAUCGAAGUGGAACCAAAGUGACGCGAUGUUUCAAGCCAGAUUUCGUGCUUGUGCGACAAAACGUAAGGGAUGCCGGAGCCGACCACCGCCCUCUUCUGUUGGGAUUGAAAUUUGGCGGGGUGCCAUCCAUCAAUAGUCUCAACUCAAUUUACCACUUCCAGGAUCGGCCAUGGGUGUUUGGUCACCUUCUACAACUACAGCGACGUCUUGGAAGAGAAAACUUUCCUCUGAUAGAGCAGACCUACUACCACAAUUACACCGACAUGGUUUAA